UCCAGAACAGAAAAGAACACACUCUCUCUCUCUCUUCUGAACGUCCGGUGCGCUCGCUUCCAUUCCCUUGGUUCUUCGGCGAUUUUCUCCUUCCGAUUCUUAUAGCAGCUCUCUGAUUCUGCACAAGAAGCUUCUCGAAGCUUUCAUAUUCGUUGGCGCAAUCAUUCUAGGCUGAAAUUAGGGGAAGAACGGAAUGGCUCAAGCAGUCGAGGAAUGGUAUAAGCAGAUGCCUCUAAUUACGCGUUCGUAUCUCACCGCAGCUAUUGUCACUACUGUCGGCUGUUCUCUUGAUAUAAUAUCUCCGUAUCAUUUGUACUUGAAUCCAAGACUGGUGGUUAAGCAAUAUCAGUUCUGGCGUCUCAUUACUAAUUUCUUGUACUUCCGGAAAAUGGACUUGGAUUUCUUGUUUCAUAUGUUUUUUCUUGCUCGAUACUGCAAGCUUCUAGAGGAGAACUCAUUCAGGGGGCGAACUGCCGAUUUCCUUUAUAUGCUCUUAUUUGGCGCCACUGUGUUGACUGGAAUUGUUCUUGUUGGUGGGAUGAUACCUUAUUUGGCAGCCUCAUUUGCAAAGAUUAUAUUCCUGAGCAACUCAUUGACAUUCAUGAUGGUUUACGUCUGGAGCAAACAAAAUCCCUUUAUUCAUAUGAGUUUCCUUGGCCUCUUUACUUUCACAGCUGCUUACCUUCCUUGGGUUCUCUUGGGAUUUUCUGUCCUUGUUGGUGCUAGUGCCUGGGUGGAUUUACUGGGAAUGAUUGCUGGCCAUGCGUAUUAUUUUCUUGAAGAUGUCUAUCCUCGGAUGACUGGUCGCCGGCCUCUUAAAACCCCAGCAUUCAUCAAAGCAUUAUUCGCAGAUGAGAAUGUUGUUGUGGCACGGCCAGCUAACGUCAGAUUUGCUCCCCCAGCUGCAGAAGAAAUGCACCGCGAUUGAAUAGGCUUCUGAAAAAGCCCAACCAAUGGGGAGCUGACGGUAAUUUAGCUGUGGAAAUAGCAAUUGAACAGAGAAUUGGUUUAUCUUGUAAAAUAUAGAUGUCGGCAAUUUCUUUGUUCCCCCCACUUUUUAACGUUUUUGUUAAUUAUUAUUACGAGUUAAGGUGUGUAGUCGAUGGUUUAUAUUUUAUAUCAAUUGAUUUACAUUGAUUAAGGGGAAAAAAA